ACGGCUGCACUUCCGGUCGGCAUUUUGUUCUACGAGAGGAGAGCCUCUCGGUGAUCGCAACAAUCGUCAUAUUUCUCGUUUACGCUCGAAAUUGGCCGCGCUCGUCGCUCAUGUCGGCGCAGACGGACUGAAACACCGACGAACGGACGUUUCCCGCCGCGAAUGUGGGUGGAAAUAUUCAGCCGCGAGUGACGGAAGAAGAAGCGACUCAGCCCGACCCGGAUUAUUGUUGAUAGCUAGCAGGCUAGCUAGCUCGGCGGCUAGCUGGCAAGCCAGUCGAGUUCCUUCUGGAGGAGCUGCGAGAGAAGAAAGGGGGAGCUAGAGACACUGAAUCCAGCUAAAACAUUCCCCUCCCUUUGGGCGCAACAUCAGAAGAUUAUCUGAGUUGGAUUUCUUUUGGUCUGAAAUGUCACUGUGUCCACCUGAGACGGCACAGAGUUCUUCGACAAGGUGUCAGGAGAUGUGAGGACGGGUGUCGUCCAUCGACCCCCCUGAUCUACCUGUGUAUCAACACACUCCCCCCACCCUCACCUCAAGCAUGAAUGGGGAUAUGCCUCAUGUUCCCAUCACCACUCUCGCUGGGAUCGCUAGCCUAACAGACUUGUUGAACCAGCUGCCCCUUCCGUCCCCUCUCCCGGCCACCACCACUAAGAGCCUCCUUUACAAUGGGAGGAUCGCAGAGGAGGUUAACUGCCUAUUGGGCUGUCGGGAUGAGAACCUGGCCUCCCAGCUCGCCCAUGGCCUCAACCAGGUCUCCACAGAGCACAUAGAGCUAAAAGACAACCUCGGUAGCGAUGAGCCUGAAGGAGACGCACCACUCUUGCUGCAGACCACGCUGGCCAGGAACCCUGGCAUCUUCAGGGAGAAAAAAGUUAUGCAGCAGCCAAUGGUCCAACAGUACAAGAUCACCCAAAAUUCCAUGCAUAGUCCGGCCCAGUCUGCAAACUUCCAGCCAGCAGCGAUCUCUCCCAAUCCAUCAAGUCGUUUCGUGGCCCCUCAGACAGGCUCCAGUAGUCGGUACAUGGGCCAGCAAAAUAGCCCAGUGCCCAGUCCCUACACUCCUCAGAGCCCCGCCCCAGGUUACAUCCAGCAGUACCCCCACCAGCAACCACCCAGCUAUAACCAACACCAACAGAUACAGCAAGUGUCUGUGGCCAGUCCGAUGGUUCCAGGAAGUAUACGAAACAUCCAUGAAGGCAAGGUAUCGGGGCAGAUGGCCAACACUGCCAACCACCACUCAGACAGACACAGCACUGACGACUACUUGAACAUUGUCCACCGACUUGGCAGCGAGGAGGGAGACUCUGCCUUGAGGAAUCCCUCUUUCCCUCUGCGAUCGCCACAGUCUGGCUGUUCUCCAGCAGCGGGCGACGGAACACCCAAACCGGGCUCCCGCCCCCCGCUGAUUCUGCAGUCGCCGCCCCCGUAUGCGCCCUCGCCGAGAGAUGGGGGACCCGACCAGAAACAGCAACUCCAGCAACGGAAGAAAAUUCCUGCCGUGAAAGAGGAGAAAGAUAUGUACGACAUUGUUAGCUCUCCAAACAAGGACUCCACCAAGCUCACGCUUAAAUUGUCCAGGGUCAAGUCAAAUGAGUCGGAUCCACCGGGUGAUGUUGUGCCAGGCAUGGACCACAACUCUGACACUAUGGAGGCAGAACUGGGUUUCCAGCAGGUGCCUGUUCUCCAGCAGAAUCUGGGAGCCCGACACCAGCAGGUGGGGGGCAUUGGUGGUGCCCAGCCUCCCAGUUCUCCUUACGACGAGGCCGAGCUCGACGCGCUUGCAGAAAUCGAAAGGAUAGAACGAGAGGCGGCAAGUGAGAAGUGUUCAAAGGAAGUCCAAGAUAAAGACAAACCUCUGAAGAAGAGGAAACAAGACUCUUUUCCCUUGGAGCCAGGCGCAGGGGGACCUGGUGGUCCCACCGGUGCCCCAGGAAGCGGACCCACAGGAGGGGGCAAUGCUGGCAAAAUGACUCCGCAAGAGGCCACGGCAGCUGGGAAUGGUGCCAGCCGUCCUCCCCUCAUGGUGAGCAUCGACCUCCAGCAGGCAGGGAGAGCUGAUGGCCAGCUCGACCCCUGUCUGGCUGCCCUUGUUCCAGCCCUAGAAGCCCAACGCUGGCCUGAAGAACCAGCUAGUGGGCCCGCUGCUGUGGAAGGUUCUGACACAGCCUCGUGCUUGAAACCAGACGGACGACCGCAAGUCAUCAAGAACAGGGUCGAUAAACAUGAGAGCAGAAGAGAAGGUCGGGAGUCGUCCAAGCACCGACAUGACGACAAGUCCUCAGAAAGGCGGGCAGAGUUGCCAAAGCCAUCACUCGGACGUGACAGGGACAGAGAAUCUGACAAUGUUAGGAGGCAUCGGAGCGAGACUGGCGGCCGAGACAGGUGCUCCCCCGAUGCUCGAUCGAGAAGUGACCGAGAUAGAUCCGGCUUCCGGGCUUCUUCCAUCGGAGAGCCUGGUCGUAGCAGCCAUAGGCAAGAUGGUCUGAAGCCGACUGCCGCUCCUUGUGGCACUAAACUUCCAGAUUCUUUCCCUGCUCACCUGCUGGGAGGACACAGUGGCGCACUGAAGAACUUCCAGAUCCCUAAGAUCAAACGUGACAAGGAAAGCGCCGUUCCGACAGACGGUACAAUGUGGGGCCAGCCGAAAGUCAAACUGGAGCGGCUGGGUCUGGUGCAGGACUUUGAAAAGAGGCCCAAACCUGUCGUGGUUCUGAAAAAGCUUUCCGUUGACCAGAUCCAAAGAAUCAUUCGUCACAGCAAGUCUGGAAAGAACAGGUUCUCCUCAGGAAAGUCUGGCAAAAGCGGCAUGGACCCAGCGGUAUUGAAGGAGCUGCCUCCAGAGUUACUCGCAGAGAUCGAAUCAACCAUGCCCCUCUGUGAAAGAGUCAAGAUGAACAAGAGGAAGCGGAGUACUGUAAAUGAAAAGCCCAAAUAUGCUGAGGUCAGCUCUGAUGAUGACGCAAACGGAGAAUCUGCAAGGAAGCGUCAGCGGAGAGACAAAGACAGGACAUGGGACUUUGAGGAAAGAGAGCGACGUGUCUCAGGUGAGCAUCGGAAAAGCGGGCUUAAAGAUGGCCGACGAGGCUCGGGGAGCCGUUACCGAGACUCCUCCGAUGAAGAUUCGCCGCCACCCAGCAUGAGUGAAGUUGCCAGAAAAAUGAAGAUGAAGGAGAAGCAGAAGAAACGGAAAGCGUAUGAACCCAAGCUCACUCAAGAAGAGCUAAUGGACUCGUCCACGUUCAAGAGGUUCCUAACGAGUAUUGACAACAUCAUGGAGAACCUGGAGGAUGUAGACUUCACCACCAUGGCAGACGAUGAUGAGAUACCUCAAGAACUGCUACUUGGGAAGCACCAAUUAAACGAACUGGGCAGCGAAUCUGCUAAGAUUAAGGCCAUGGGCAUCACUGGCAGGAUCCCAUCAGACAAGCUGGUGAAGCUGCUCAACAUACUCGAAAAGAACAUCCAGGAUGGAUCCAAGCUCUCCACCAUGAUCAACCAUGACCACGAAGCUGAAGAUGAGGAGAGGCUGUGGAGAGACCUGAUCAUGGAGAGAGUGACGAAGUCGGCAGAUGCCUGCCUCACGGCUCUCAAUAUCAUGACAUCUGCACACAUGCCGAAGGCCGUUUACAUUGAAGACGUCAUCGAGCGGGUGCUGCAGUACACCAAGUUCCAUCUUCAGAACACGCUGUAUCCACAGUAUGACCCCGUCUACAGGGUGGACCCACAUGGUGGUGGCCUUUUGAGUUCCAAGGCCAAGCGUGCAAAAUGCUCCACACACAAGCAGCGCGUCAUUGUCAUGUUGUACAACAAAGUGUGUGACAUUGUCAGCAACAUCUCUGAGCUUCUCGAGAUCCAACUACUCACGGACACCACCAUCCUCCAAGUCUCAUCAAUGGGAAUCACUCCAUUCUUUGUGGAAAAUGUCAGUGAGCUGCAGCUGUGUGCUAUUAAACUCGUGACAGCAGUGUUCUCGCGUUACGAAAAGCACCGGCAGCUGAUUUUGGAAGAGAUCUUCACAUCGUUGGCCAGGCUGCCCACCAGUAAACGCUCCCUCAGGAACUUCCGGUUGAACAGCUCAGACCAAGAUGGAGAGCCCAUGUACAUCCAAAUGGUGACAGCCCUGGUCUUGCAGCUCAUCCAGUGUGUGGUCCACCUCCCCAACGACAAAGACACUUUAGAGGAGCACGACAGCAAGGUGGACCAAGAUGUGUUGAUUACCAACUCGUAUGAGACGGCAAUGAGGACCGCACAGAACUUCCUCUCAGUAUUCCUCAAAAAGUGUGGCAGCAAGCAAGGAGAGGAAGAUUACCGGCCGCUGUUUGAGAACUUUGUACAGGACCUGCUGUCAACAGUUAAUAAACCCGAGUGGCCUGCUGCCGAGCUGCUUCUCAGUCUGCUUGGAAGACUACUGGUGCACCAGUUUAGCAACAAGCAGACCGAGAUGGCGCUCAGAGUGGCAUCUCUAGACUACCUUGGCACCGUGGCCGCUCGUCUUAGGAAGGAUGCCGUCACCAGCAGGAUGGACCAGACGUCGAUUGAUCGCAUUCUACAACAGUCUCAGGGUGGCGAUGAGACCCAGCAGCUGCAGAAGGCUCUACUGGAUUAUCUAGAAGAGAAUGCUGACACCGAUGCCUCUCUUGUUUUUGCCAGAAAGUUCUACAUUGCUCAGUGGUUUCGAGACGCCACCACGGAGGCGGAGAAGUCCAUGCGCAACCAGAAUCCGAAGGAUGACGACUCAUCGGAUGGGCCGCAACACGCCAAGGAGGUGGAGACCACGGGUGAAAUUAUGCAGCGGGCCGAGAAGCGCAAGAAGUUCCUGCGCACCAUCAUCAAGACCACACCGGCUCAUUUUGCCACUCUGAAGAUGAACUCUGACACUGUGGAUUAUGAGGACUCCUGUCUGAUUGUGCGUUAUUUGGCCUCCAUGAGGCCGUUUGCACAGAGCUUUGAUAUUUAUUUAACACAGAUAUUGCGAGUCCUUGGAGAAAGUGCCAUAGCUGUGAGGACAAAAGCCAUGAAAUGUCUCUCUGAGGUAGUGGCCGUGGACCCCAGCAUACUGGCUAGGUCGGACAUGCAGCGCGGAGUCCAUGGCCGAUUGAUGGACAACUCCACAAGUGUGAGGGAGGCAGCCGUGGAGUUGCUGGGCAAAUUUGUGCUCAGCAGACCUCAACUCACGGAGCAGUACUAUGACAUGCUCAUAGAGAGGAUCCUGGAUACUGGUAUCAGCGUAAGGAAGCGAGUGAUCAAGAUCCUGCGAGACAUUUGUUUGGAGCAGCCAACCUUCAGUAAGAUCACAGAGAUGUGCGUGAGGAUGAUCCGCAGGGUCAAUGAUGAGGAGGGUAUCAAGAAAUUAGUCAAUGAGACAUUCCAGAAGUUGUGGUUUACUCCGACUUCUGCCCAUGACAAAGAGACCAUGACCAGAAAGAUCCUCAACAUCACUGAUGUGGUUGCAGCAUGUCGAGACACUGGCUAUGACUGGUUUGAGCAGCUUCUUCAAAAUCUUCUCAAAUCUGAGGAGGAUGCGUCAUAUAAACCCGCCAAAAAGGCCUGCGUGCAGCUGGUGGACAAUCUAGUGGAGCACAUCCUGAAAUAUGAAGAGUCUCUCGCGGAGAACAAGGGUGUCAACUCGACACGGUUAGUGGCCUGCAUCACCACCUUGUACCUGUUCAGCAAGAUCAGGGCCCAGCUGAUGGUCAAACACGCCAUGACCAUGCAGCCUUACCUCACCACCAAGUGUAAUACUGCCAAUGACUUCAUGGUCAUCUGUAAUGUGGCCAAGAUCUUGGAGCUGGUGGUACCUCUGAUGGAGCACCCUAGCGAAACGUUCCUCGCCACCAUCGAAGAAGAUCUCAUGAAGCUCAUCAUCAAAUAUGGCAUGACUGUGGUCCAGCACUGUGUUAGCUGUCUGGGGGCUGUCGUUAACAAAGUAACGCACAACUACAAGUUUGUCUUGGCGUGCUUCAACAAAUUCUAUGGUGCACUUAACAAGCUGAAGGUCCAGCAUCAAGACGAUCCUAACAGCACAACGUUGGUAGCAAACAAGCCUUUCCUGCUGCGAUCGCUCUUCACUGUGGGCGCCCUGGCCCGACACUUUGAUUUUGACCUGGAGGAGUUCAAGGGCACCAACAAGGUUGUCAUCAAGGAGAAGGUUCUUGAGCUGCUGCUAUACUUCACCAAACAUGAGGACGAGGAAGUCAAAAGCAAAGCUAUCAUCGGUUUAGGCUUCCUAGUCAUCAUGCAUCCCAGCCAAAUGUUUGUGCCAGAAGUGAAGUCCUUGUACAAUGGCAUCCUGGCUGACAGUGCCUCAUCCAUCAACCUCAAAAUCCAGAUCCUCAAAAACCUCCAGACGUACCUGCAGGAGGAGGACACGAGGAUGCAGGAAGCAGACCGAGAAUGGAAGAAACUCUCAAAACAGGAGGAUCUGAAAGAGAUGGGGGACAUUUCUUCAGGGAUGAGCAGCUCCAUUAUGCAGCUUUACCUGAAACAGGUGUUGGAGGCAUUUUUCCACACCCAGACCAGUGUGCGGAACUUUGCUCUCAACGUCAUUGCGCUCACACUGAACCAAGGCCUCAUCCAUCCGGUGCAGUGUGUACCAUACCUUAUCGCCAUGGGAACUGACCCGGAGCCCAGCAUGAGGAACAAAGCUGAUCAGCAGCUGGUUGAGAUUGACAAGAAGUACACAGGGUUCAUUCAUAUGAAGGCUGUGGCCGGGAUGAAGAUGUCCUUCAAUUUGCAGCAGGCCAUCGAGUUGUCCCGGAGGACCAUCAUACGAGGCUUCAGGCAGGACGAGACCAGCUCUGCUCUCUGCUCGCACCUCUUCUCCAUGAUCCGAGGGAACCGGCAGCACCGGCGGGCCUUCCUCAUCUCGCUGCUGAACCUCUUUGACGACAGCUCCAGGACAGAUGUCAACAUGUUGCUGUUUAUAGCGGACAACCUGGCCUGUUUUCCAUACCAGAGCCAGGAGGAACCGCUCUUCAUCAUGCACCACAUCGACAUCUGUCUGUCUGUGUCCGGAAGCAACCUUUUGCAAACCUUUAAAGAGCUUUUGCUAAAAGAGCCGAGGCGGAGGGAGAAGAAAGACAAGAAGGAGUGGAAGAGCACAUCAGAUGGGGAGGAUGACGAGGAAAGAAUGAACUGCGACUCCCCCAGAACUGACGACGGACACAACGGCGAAGACGAAGACGAUGUGGUACGGCGGCCCAAAAAGGCCAGAAAACCAGUAGCAGACUCGGAGAGCUCAGAGUCCGAAUCAGACCUGGACGAUCUGAAUAUGGACGAUGCGGAAAAGGUCAUGAGGCUCCUCCCAGACAAUCCCACCGGUCUCUUGGACUUCGCUAACUCCGUGCAAGGAAUCCUUUUACUGCUGGUGCUAAAACAGCAUCUGAAGAACCAGUAUGGCUUCUCGGACGGCAAAAUCCAAAAGUACUCUCCAACAGAGUCGGCCAAGGUGUACGAUAAGGCGGUGAACAGAAAGAUCAACGUUCACUUCCACCCUCGACAAACCCUCGAUUUCAUCUCCAACAACAUGGCUCGCGCCACGCUGACGGAAGACGUCAAGAGGCGCAUCGUCAAACAAUACCUAGACUUCAAGAUGCUGAUGGAACAUCUGGACCCGGACGAGGAGGAUGAGGAGGGAGAAGCAUCGGCCAGUGCUAACAUCCGAAACAAAGCCAUAAAUGCCCUACUUGGAGGCUUGGGCUCCUUGUCGGGACCAAGUCCGCGCAAUCAGGCGGGACCAGAGACGGACGACGAUGACAGCGAUGGCGACGAAAGGACCCCAGGGUCCUCUCGGAAGUCAAGGCGAAUAGGCGACCCCUCCGAUCCCGGCCGCAUGAGCGAGACAGUGGAGGUGAUGGACGUGAUCGCCCUUUGCUGCCCCAAGUACAAGGACCGACCGCAAAUAGCGCGAGUGGUCCAGAAGACCCCCAACGGCUACACCAUCCACUGGAUGGCUGGCUCCUACUCGGGACCCUGGGCGGAGGCUAAGAAGCGUGAUGGACGCAAACUGGUGCCUUGGGUGGACACUAUCAAAGAGUCGGACAUCAUUUACAAGAAGAUUGCCUUGACCAGCAACCACAAACUGAGCAACAAAAUAGUACAGACUUUACGCUCACUGUAUGCAGCGCGGGAAGGAGGAGCUAGCUAAUGGCUCCUGUGUGUUAUUGUUUUGUUUUUUGUCCCUGCUCCCAUUUUUACAUUAUUAAAGUUCUCCUUCUCCUCCUCCACCUCAAGAGGCCGCCUCCAACCACACAGCCAAACUUCACUGGAUUCAUACCCUCCUCCCUUCCUAAUUUUUUUAUAAGAAAACACAAGAGGGCGAGACUAUUUGACACUACAUACUUUUACAUGAGUUAUUCUUUCAAGAAAAAGACUUAUUAUAAGACUUAUUAUAGUAGAGGGACUGCUUAUGUUUGUCUGUGUACAAGUGCAGAGGAUAGGAUCCAGAAGGCAUUAAAGGAAUAAUUGGCUGAAAUUAUCUCUUCAAAGCCUACCAGAGGAGAACCUGGAGGGAAAUGUUUUGUCAACAUUGUCAUGGGAGUUCCUUCGCUGUUGUGCAGCCGAUUCUAGUCUCUCAUUUCUAUUCCCACUGUAUCAUAGUUUAACACAACAAAAAACUAAAAAUGUUUAUAUCUCUGAAGACAAAAAACUGUAAAAAAAAAAAAAAAAAAAAAAAAAAAAAGAAUAAAACCUUAAGUGAAUGUUGGAAAAUAGUCUUUUUGAUGUUCUUAUUAAAGUGUUUUUUCGAGUUUAUUAUACUACUAGCACCUAAUGUUUUUUUUUCUUUUAGCUUUUAGAUAUUUGAAAGAAAAACCAAAAAAAAAGAAAAAAACAAGAAUUUUUAUUUUUGUUCACUUUUAUUUGUCCAUGCUGUACAAUGGCAAGAGUCCUCUGAAUAUAAUUUAUUCUAUUUCAAACUACGCAUGCAGUAUAUGUGGCCUAUUGCAGGAGGAUAUUUUGUAAAUGUAGAUUUUGUUGUAUUAGGUCACCUUAGUAAUAAGAGGAAAGGGGAUUCAUAACCUUUUUGGUGGAACAAAUACUGCAAUAAAUUUUCUACUUCUCUUUGUCA